UGAAAGCAGAUCAAACAACCUGCCUCACAGAUAAAAGAAGGUUACACAUCCUGAAACUGGGGCAUCCAGGACAAGAAGCUGACACAGCCAGGCCACAAGAUGGAGAAACUCUUACUUUUGAUGGUGAUGCUUGCAACAUGUUGUGCAGCACCCCAAGAUCUGUCAGGCAAAGUGUUCGUCUUCCCCAGGGAGAGCAACGUAGAUCGUGUGAAACUCCUGACACCUCAAACCACAUUAAACUCUGUGACCACCUGUCUCAGAUUCAAGACAGAUCUCGCCAGGAACUACGUGCUCUUCUCUUUGGCUACUACCAGGUUCAGCAACAACUUUGUGCUCUAUAAGCUCACUUCAUCAAAUACCAUCAGGAUGCAUGCUCAUGACGGGGGUACAGACUUCCUGUCACUGUCAUUAGCCCCAAACACCUGGCACUCUGUGUGCGGCACCUGGCGCUCUGACAAUGGGUUGGCUCAGCUGUGGGUGGACGGCAAGGCAACCAUCAAGAGAUUCAUCAAAGCUGGGCCCAUCACUGGAGCACCCAUCUCUAUCCUGGGCCAAGAUCAGGACAACUAUGGCGGGGGUUUCGCUGCAGAUCAGUCAUUCGUUGGUAUGCUUACUAAAGUCCACAUGUGGGACUAUGUCCUCCCCGCUGCUGAGAUCAAACGCUAUAUGGUUGACGCACACUUCACUCCAGGCAAUGUGUUCAACUGGAGAGCCCUGAAUUAUGAAAUCACAGGGCAGGUUGUGGUGGAUGAGGAGUCUGAAGUUAUGUAACAGGGUGUAAAACAAUGACUUAUGCACUCUAGGCAUGAUUAAAAUCUCUCCAGAUACUUAAA